GCGCGCAGCGCAGCGAGAUGGCGCCGGCGCUGCUGGACCUGGCCAACUGGAGCACCUGGGCGGUGUGCGCGGUGAUCAAGCUGCCGCAGGUGGCGGCGGUGCUGGCGGCCCGGUCGGCGCGGGGCGUCAGCGUGGGGAGCCUCGUGCUGGAGCUGAUCGGCUUCCUUGUAUUUCUGAAGUACCAGAUUUAUUAUGGCUACCCUCUACAGACUUACCUGGAAUAUCCUAUCAUCAUUGCACAAGAUGUCAUUCUCUUUUUGUUUAUUCUGCACUUCAGUGGAAACAUGAAACAAGCUUUGCUCUACACAGUCACAUUUGUGGGGGGGUGGUACAUGCUGACACUGCAGAAGUGGGUACUAGACCUGGCCAUGAAUUUGUGCACGCUAAUCAGCGCAGCAAGUAAGCUUGCUCAGCUGCAGUGUCUCUGGCAGACAAAAGAUUCUGGACAAGUGAGCGCCUUGACCUGGAGUAUGUCUGCAUAUACCUGUGCAACAAGAAUAAUUACAACUUUAAUGACUACGAAUGAUCUUAUAGUUCUCAUCCGUUUCAUAACCAUGCUCAUUCUCAAUAUCUGGGUCACAGCCACAAUCCUGCACUACAGGAAAACUAAAAAGACUGAUUAGAAGAUAACCCAUCAGUCCACAAUAUAUUUACCAUAAAAAACCUGGAAUAAUUAAGCUUAAACAACAAAACAGGGUGUGAGAAAGUGUUCUCUCUUAAGCUUUUCUAGUAUUUUUCCCUAAACAUGCAUAGUACAUUUUCUGUUAGAAAUAAUUCUAAUAAGAUACUCCAUUUAAACAGCAUUUUUUUAUUGGUCAUUUAAGACAAGUUUCACUGAUACCACAUUUUCUCUGGAAUUUUUUACUAA